AUAAUACAUAGACAAAUUUUUUUUAAAAAAAGUAGUCAGUACUUUUGUGGAAGUGUUAAAAUGUUCAACAACGUUCAGAAAAAUUUUAUGAAAAACACCAGAUGGAGAGGAGCACUAGAUUUAAAACUAGGACUAACAACAUUAUGCUUUGCACUCCUUAUAAAUCAAUCAGCAGCAGUAUUUUUCAAUAUUACAUCAUCGGAUAAAAGAGACGACUACUGUAUGAAACGUGAAUGCAAUGACACAGCUUUAAGAGUAUUGAAGUACAUGGACACAAGUUUUGACCCUUGUGACAAUUUUUAUAAAUUUGCCUGCGGUAAUUUUCCAAAAACGAUUUCAAAUUACCAAUCGGAUCGAAUCGAUAGUUUUACUAUUAUUGAGAAUAAAAUUAAACAAGAAAUGAAGACAAUUCUAGAGCAGAAGUAUGAUCCCGCUGAAACAAACUAUGCAAGAUUAAUAAAAACUUUUUAUCAAAAUUGCAUGAAUGCAAAUGACAUUAAAAAAGAGAAUUUAAAUUUAAUUUUGGAAUUGUUACAAAGAAUUGGUGGAUGGCCACUUUUAAAAGGGAAUUCUUGGAAUAAUGUAAGUUUCCAAUGGGAAAAAUUUGGCUCCCAAACGGAAAUUUUCAAAAAUUAUUUCAUUUCUUCAAGUUUUCGUUUAGAUACAAAAAAUAGUUCAAAUGUAGUCCUACAAAUUGAACAACCAUCAAAUCUUGAUGAAUUCAUUUACUAUUCUGAUUUAAUAGCUAGCACUGUACAACUUUUUGGAAAUAACGAAAAUUACAUUCAAAAUGAUAUAAAUGAAAUUAUUAAAGUAGAAAAAAUGCUUAUUAAUAUAACUAUACCAGAGAGGGACAGAAGUGAUUAUCCUAUUAGAAUGACUAUUAAAGAACUCAAUGGAAAUUAUUCCAAUAUUUUGUGGAAAGAAUACAUUGAUUCUAUUUUAAACCCAGUUACUAAUAGUAGAGAUGAUGAUAUUAUAUUGGUUAUGGAUCUAAAUUACUUUCAACAAUUGAACAAUCUAAUUAAUCAGAUCUCAAAAAAAGAUCAAGCAAAUUAUCUUAUAUGGAAAGCAAUUAGCGGUUUUCUCAAUAAUUAUAUCACUAACGAAGACAAUUCGCAAAAAUGGAAACAUUGUUACAAUAUUGUAAAUGAAUUUUUCUCUAAUAGUUUUGGAAUGCUCUAUGUCAAAUACUACUUCAAUUUAUCAGAAUCUGGUAAAAAAGCUAUCGACGAAAUAUUCGAAAAUAUUUUUCAGCAGUUCAAUACUCUUCUAAAUAAAAGUGAUUGGCUGGAUGAUAAAACGAAGGAAAAGGCUUUAGAGAAACUUGCAUCAUUAUCUAUAAUAAAUCCAGUAAUUUUCAAAUUAUUCGACGACAAGGAAAUUGAUGAAUAUUACACAAAUUUGGAAAUAACGCCAAACAAUUAUCUUCAAUCAAUAAUUAACAUUCAAAAGUUCAUUAAAUAUAAAGAUGCAGAUUUAUUUAGAAAAUCUUUGAAUAAAAAUAGCUGGGAUCAACAUUACAAUCCAAUGGAAGUGGGGGCAUUGUUCACUUCUUUUAAUAAUAGUAUUGCUAUAUCACCUGGUAUUUUGCAAGGAGUUUUCUUCAAAGAAAACAUACCUCAAUACAUGAAUUAUGGAUCAAUUGGAAUUGUAAUUGGCCACGAAUUGACUCAUGGUUUUGACAGUUUUGGUGCAAGUUUUGAUAAACAGGGAAAUCUUGUCAAUUGGUGGGAGCCGGAAAGUAGUGAAAAAUUUCAUUCAAGAGUUCAAUGCUUUAUUAAUCAAUAUGAAAACUAUAUAUUAAAAGACGUUGACUUGAAAUUAAAUUUAAAAAAAUUGAUAGGAUUUCCGAAUUCUUUUGAAUUUCGUCCAAAACUUAUAAAGGUGAAUGGCACGACGACGGCAGAUGAAAAUAUUGCAGAUAAUGGUGGAAUUAAAAUUGCAUAUUUUGCUUAUCAGAAUUAUGUGAAAAAACAUGGUCCCGAAGCUUUGCUGCCUGGUGUGAAUUAUACACAAUCUCAGCUUUUUUGGAUCAGUGUUGCCCAAACUUGGUGCGAGAAAAUUACUCUAGAUGAACAGAGGGACAGAAUUAACAACGAUUAUCAUAGUCCUCCGGAAUUUCGAGUUCUGGGUUCCCUAGUGAAUCGAAAAGAAUUUGCAAAAGAUUUCCAGUGUGCAAACAAUAUGCGCAUGAAUCCUAAAAAGAAAUGCUCCGUUUGGUAAUUCCUUCUAACUGUAUCCAUUUAACUACCCAACUAUGAGAUAUAAUUAUGGUUUUGUUCACACUCGCCAUUUGUCAUAAUUCUCGUCAACUACCGCACCCUGCUCUAGUGAAAAUUUAGUGACUUUAUUGUUAAAAUUAGAAGGUACAAAAUUUUCACUAGAGCAGAGUGCGGUAGUUGACGAGAAUUAUGACAAAUGGCGAGUGGGAGCAAUGGGAACCAAUUUUUUUUUCAAUAUAAAUAGGAAUUACAAUUACUAUUUUUUAUAAUCUAUUUAAAAUAAACAUUUAUUUGAAAAUA